UUUUACUCUUAGGUGUCGGACAUAUAAAUACUAGGAGACUCCUGAAGGAAAAUAUUCUCCUAAUCCAAGAUGAUUCGCCUUGUGGUUCUCUUGUCCUGUCUGGGUCUCAUCCAGGCCACUGCUCUACCUGAUCUUACGGUCAGCAAUGAGAGAUACACUGGAAAGGUUGUAGGUGGGAGCAAUGCUCACCCAAGCAUGUGGAGAUGGCAGGCUUCCCUGCAGUAUGACAACUGGAAUACUGGCAGCUUUGCCCACAUUUGUGGCGGGUCCCUUAUUAGCUCACUCUACGUCAUGACCGCUGCCCACUGUAUUCUCGAUAUGCAGUUAAGGUUCUAUCGUGUGGUUUUGGGGGACUAUGAUCUCUAUAAGUAUGAAGGCGGUGAGCAGCCCCGUUCUGUGAGCAGGAUCAUCAUGCAUCCUGGCUGGACUGGAGAUCUUGUAAAUGGAAAUGACAUUGCGUUGCUGAAGUUGUCGUCUCCAGUCUAUGGCAAUAGCUACACCGAAAUUGCAAAUUUCCCGUACCCUGACCAGACUUUGCCUAAUGGUUUUACCUGCUACAUCACUGGAUGGGGACUUCUGGCCACUGGUGGUACUACCCCAGACAUUCUGCAGGAGGCGCCCAUUCCUGUGGUGGAGCACUCUGUGUGUGCCUCUCCUGGUUGGUGGAGCACUGCAGUCAAGAAAACCAUGGUGUGUGCUGGAGGAGAUGGCAAAACCUCUGGCUGCCAGGGUGACUCAGGGGGACCACUGAACUGCUACACUGAUGGUGCCUGGAGGGUGCAUGGUGUGGUUAGCUUUGGCCCUGCUUCAAACUGCAACAUUUAUACAAAACCAACUGUCUUCACUCGUGUGUCCUCCUUUAUGGACUGGAUAUACUCCGAAAUGGUUUGAAUGCUUUUAAAUAAAAGACUCAAACCCCUCUUA